UCCCGAGAUUUUAUAGAACUUUCGUUCCCCGCAAUUGGCGGAGCCCACUUUGCAGCCUGGAAUUUGGAACACCAACAAACAUGUUUCACAGCCUACUAUUUUCUGACACCCACAGGAUUCCUCCAUCCCGUGUUCAAUUUCGCAGGGCUUGCAUCAUGUAGCUCAUGGAUUCCUUUUAUCUCGAUAAUACCGUCACCGUCAUUGCGAAGGAUGGCUGACUAAAACUUUCUCUGAUUUCCAGAGGCGACUCCUAGGACGUCAGUUCGAUUUGAGCGUUACGAGUCGGUUUCGAAACGGCAUGCUCGCUUUUUGAGUCGAAUCAGGUUCAACUCGAGACCGCGGUCGACCCGUUACAAGCGUGAUCAGCCCUUCCGUCCCUGCGUUUCGCUCGUUCUCUUGCCACGUCACGCUCUCCUGGCGGCGCUGCGAUGGAGUGCGUGGUUCAAGGGAUUAUCGAGAGUAAGCAUGUGCGUGCACUGGUGGAGCUUAUAGAGGGGAUGACAGGCGCCAGAGAAGAGAAGCUGGAUCUACACCAGUUAGUGUACAGAAAUGCGCCGAAUAUAGGAGCUAUACCAUGUGAGGUACGGCUGGAAUGCCCUCUCAACUGCAACCCACCCAUAUGGACCAUUGUGCACGUCGGGGGUGCGAUGAGGGGAGCAGGGGCGGAUCAGCUGCCAGCAGUGGUGCGCAGCAUAGUGAGAGUGAGGGCAUCCCCGUCUGUGGUACACCUGGUACCCGCUAUAGGCCUCCGACUCGACCAUGAGCUCAUUCGCAGAGGCUCCGCAUUCGACUUCGCCCAUCGCUCCUAUGCGAUGCGCCUAGAAGCCUUUGCUCCCCUGCGCCUGCCGCGGCAGCAUGCAGUGAGCGACGCACAGCCGCUGCCCAAUCUGGCCGGGCUGCAUGUGGUGGAGGUCACAGCUGCCGCUGCUGCUGAGACAUAUUCUGAGACUGCUGCUGCUCUCAGCUCCUUUGCUGACCUCAUCUCCCCUUUGGUUCGUCUCUCCAAGCCGUCUAUCUCUGCUGGGCUGUCACCCGCAGCUGCGUCAACUGCUGCUGCCGUUUGCCCUGCCUAGUGUACUGUGCCAUAAGAUAAGAGCUGCUACUGUACUGUGCCUAUCAAAGUGUGGCGCUCAACGGUCUUUGUUCACUUGCCAUUCAAGCCGUCCAUCUCUGCUGUUCUGUCACCCGCAGUUGCGUGCUGCCGUUUGGCCUGCCUAGUGCCAAGCCCCGUGUUCGUUGCUGGGCGUGUGCACAUUUUCAACCUUCAUCAUUCGCCCGCAUCUUGAUGUUAACAAAUUCCUUGGAAGCCACGUCUAGACUUUCGCAUGCCAAUAGAGUGUACGAUGCAGUGCACAUGUUUGUCCUCGAGGUUUUUUUCUUCAUAGCGAGGUACUAAUAAAAUUUGGGGAUUGGGACGUGACUUUUUGUAUAGAAAGCUGCACUGCGGUGGAUGUAUCUAACUGUGACAGUACCUUUUACUCUAGGGUACUAGUGCUAUGCAAUCUACCAUGU